UCUAGUAGUCGAGGGCAUCCAAACCCCGAACGAGAACAUCUUUGCCCCAUCCCCGCGCAGCCAAACCCUCGCUCCCGGAGGACGAUGGCCGCCGCGACGGGGAAGACGGCCGAGGAGAUCCGCCGCGAGCUCCAGGAGCUCCAGCGCCAGCACCGCGAGAUCAGCGAGCGCCUGCGCGACCCCCGCGGCCUACGACGCGGCGCUCCCGCCGCCGGUCCUGGCGCCGCCCGCCCACUCCGCGGCUUCGCGAGACCCGCUGCAGAAUCGGGGGAUCAGCCUGAGCCGAAGCGCCGGCUUCUGUCUGCUGUGGUUAAAGUGGAUGGCGCUGAAGUUAAGGAUGAUUUCGCGAAUGACCCAGUGAUGGAGGGGCUAGAGGACGGUUCAACUGCUGCUGAAGGUGGUGAGAGGAGGGGAGUCAGUAAUGGUGGGUUCAGGAGGGAUGGAAGCCAGUGGGUAUCUAGGAGGGAGCUUAAUAAUGCACUGCCGGAGCCGCUCCCGAGGGAGUUCCCCAAAGAUGAGGACCAGAGCUUGGUGAGGAGGAACAAGAGAAUGCUGGGGAAGCUUCUUGUCGGCACGCUAGAGAAAUUUCAGCAAGAGGACAAAAAACUGUCCAACUCAGAAGCUUAUAUGCGUAGAUCAGAGGCUCAGCUGAAGGCUGAUCAAAAGGCUCGUGAAGAUAGUGAAAGGUUGCGACAGCAAGAGCGGGAGCAAGCAGCAGAGAAGCGCAGGCGCGAUAUGACACUUCGUGCUCGAGUAGCUGCUAAGGCAGAAGAAAAGAGGUUGGAGCUCUUGUACAUUCAGUGGGCUGAGCAUCACAAAAAGCUGUCCAAUUUCUUAAGGACAAAAACUGAACCGCCUAUUUAUUACACGAUGGCUAAACCUAUAAUUGAUGAUCCGGCUAUUGUUGAGCGGAACAAGGAAAAGGUAUUUGAAGAAUGGAAAACUGUACGUAGGGCUGAGCUGACCCAAUUUCAAAAGCAAGUUGAGGAGCAGUAUCUGUCUAAUGUUGAGAGGCAGCUGGAAAGAAUGCAAAAUGCUCGAAAUGCUCGGAGGGGGAACGGGCCUGCUAACAUGCAGGAAAUGGAUAAGGAGCUGGACACGCAUAGGGCGGAGCAUGGGCCAAAAGCUCGGCGGAUCCUGGACGGUGGCAUCGACGACGAAGAGGAGGUGGAGGACAUGGCGGCAGAAGAUGACCUGAUGGAUGAAGUCCUUGGCGUCAACGAGGCGAUCAACGAAGACCCAACCAAGCCGUCUGAUGAGGCUACUGAUGUCACUCCAAUACCUGACAAGGCACAAUAGGCAGCAUGCUUGCGAGGUAGGCACUUAGGUAUUAUGAUUCAAUAUUGUUGUAGUUGCCUUUCUGUUGUGACUUGCAUGUACUUGUGUUGCUGUUGGGUUUUGUCUUUUUGAAAUUGUUUGUGAGCUGUUUGCCGUUGAGGCCAGAUACUGAGUUUUCAUUAUUGUAUAAUCAUUUCAAGUACUCUGCCAUCA